CGGCGGGAAGCGCGGCCGGGCCGGGCGGCGGGCAGGCGGCGUAGGGCCGGGCUGGGCUCUGGGGUUGCGCCGCCUGCAUGGAGCGCGGCGAGAGCAGCCAGCUGGACCCCGGCUUCUCGCAGCAGCACACGCCCCUCCUCAUCGUGGAGGACUCGCAACCCAACGGCGCGGAGGCGGGCGCAGAGCGGGCCUGGCUCGGCGUGCUGGCCCGCCCGCUGCCGGCCCGGCGGAGCCCGAGCCCCGUGCUGGACAUCGUUCGCGGUCCUGCCGGCAACCGUGCACCCGCGGGCGGCGGGGCGGCCCGGGAGCAACACGCAGGUAAGGGCGGGCCGUGGGGUCACGGCGAGUCCGGGUGCCGCGGUGGCGCUGACGACGCUGUGCUUGCAGAGCCCAUGGAAACCCCGGGCCGCCCGGGCGCCGGCGGACCGCAGGGCUCCGUCGCGGAGGAGGCUUCAUCGCCCGGCGGGGAGAGCAGUGCCCUUGGAAAGGCCGGGACACGAAGUGAAGGUGAUGUUGAGGACUGUGCUUCUUCGGCAUAUGUAGAAGAUACAGGCAUGUCACAGCUGCAAUUUGGAGUUUUAGAGCUCUCGCAGAGCCAGGACUUGGAGAAUGACUUUGUGCCCAAUGAGGGAGUUGCUGUUCUUUCCUCCAGACUUGUGAAGAAUGAGUCUAAAUAUGAACUGGGUGGGAUCAACACAGAAACUGUCUCCAGUGCAGAAGCGCAUCCUGCUUUGGACAGCCGGGCAGAGAAGUCUGAAAGAACUCUGCAGGAAGCGGAAGAGCAUACCAGGAAGAAAACGCUUGUCAGUGACUCCACUAAAACGGAGGAAUCCCUUGUUUCAGGUUAUGAGGAGUCAGAUAUCUUAUCAACUCAGGAAGAGAUGUUUCCUGAGAAUCAUGCAACAGGGAGUGACUCUCUGAUAACCAGGGUGGAAGAGGGAAGAUCUCUGGCGUGCACCCCUGCCCGCAGUCUGCAAGUCCUGCAGCUCUCCGGACAGGCCAUCGUUGUACAGGAGUGUCAUUCCAUUGUCUCUUCAGGCCUACUUAUUCCUCCUCCCGUUUCCUUUGGACCCGAUGCCCUUGUUCCCAGCAGUCCUACUGAACAGGAGCAAGCAAAAGAUGAACAGAUGGAUAUAUCUAUCCCUGCAGAAGGAAGAGAACUGAUGCAGAAACAGAGAGGAGAUACGGUCGUGGAGAUGAGUGUCCCCUGCAUUCCUCCAAGAUCUCUUGUCCAGCCACAGGCUUCAACUCCGGUGUCCCAGAGUGCCCCAACCUUCCUUCCUGGAUCUUUACCUAUACCAUCACAACCAGAGUUCUCUCAUGAUAUCUUUGUUCCAACUCAGAGUCCGGAGAAGAAGCAUGAAGGAGAAGAAAAAACUGCCGCUUUAACCCCUUUAUACUUACCAGGAGAUCUCUCUGGAUCCACAGAUGCUUUGUCAAAGAUGUCUACAAAUGACUCUGUGUCACAGCCUCCCGAGUCCUGUAAACUGAUGCUUUCUGCAAGUGCACGUAGCCAGCCCAUGAAUAUGGACGUCAGUUCGGUCUCUCUGAACACGGGCCAAGAUAGUGAGACCACACAGGUAGAGAGGAUUUCUGAAUGCAAAGCCUCAGACUCAAGACACUGUUCUGUGGAGAAUGACAUCAUAAAACUGAGGGUGAAUGCGGGUGAUCGAGCACCCUCUGAAAACUAUGGAAAAGCAAAAAAGGAGGAUGUAGAGACUACGGGAAUACGUGCAGGACAGUUUGCUAGUUCAGGUGUUGCAGGAGAUGGGCCAUUAGCCCCUACAGCUCAUCGGGAGAUCAAAUGUGUUUCUGGAAGUCAGGCUGCUGCAGAUCAGCCCGGUUUGCCGGAGAUUUUGUCAUGUGCUCAGGGUAGAGAAGCACAAUCUGAAGAUUUUCCUUUGGAAGAGGCUUCUGAACCUGAGGCAGUUCCUGAGACUCAGUGUGAAGAACAAGACGAAAAACUUCAAACAAAAGAGAAGCAAAUAAAGGAAGACACAUCUCUUGUUAAUGUAACACUUUCUCCUAGGUUUAUUCUUGAAAGGGAAGGACAGUGUAAUGAACAUAUGGAAUUGAAAUUUGCUGAUGAUUCGUGUAAAAAUAGCAAAAAUAUAGCCCAGGAAUUAGAAAAGGUUGGACCAGGAUGUCAGGGAAAAGAAGCUUCGAAAGAUUUUGCUUUAGGCACUGGAGAGGCAAAGAACAUGGAUGAGCUGUCCUUUAAGGCUGUUGCAGAAAACAUGGCAAAGCUCAAUAAGGUUUUAGCUAAGCCUUCUGUAGGGGAGUUACUGGAGCAGCACAACAACUUGUUUCCAAAGUUAAAGAGCGAUGUUCAAUUGGAAGUGGCAUCAUGUGCCCAAAACCAUCCAGGUUGUUCAGAAUUGGGACAGGUAGUGAUAAUGAACAAUCAGCCAUCGCUUCAAGAGAGAGGGACUGAAACACAAGUGACUCAGCAUGAGAUCGAGAUGCCAAAGAAUAUGGAGGAUACUGUUACGACAAGGAUUUUAGAGCAAGAGCAGUUGCAGCCACAGGAGAAGGCAAAUUCUAAAUCACCCAAUCCUUCCAGUGGUACCCCAUUUUGUUUUACUUUGCCGAAGGAGGGUGAUGUCAUUCAAUCCUUAACCAGCAUAACACCACCCCUGACUGGCCAUCUUAAAAUGGGACCCAGGAGACACAGUACACCAAUUGUGGAUGACACGUGCCCAGACAGCACGAUAGCAACCAGUGAUGUUACAGCAGAGGGCACUAUGGGGACCAACAAUGUUACUGUGGAAAGUGCAGUGGUAUCAGCAGAUGUAUCAGAAGUGUGUGAGAAAGGAGAGUCUGGUGUGGUUCCUGAGUUGGGUGCAAAACUUUCUCUGCGAAUGAUCCCUGUAACCCCUGUGAAAGAUGGGAGCGAGGAGUCCUUGCCAUUCAGCUUGGAAAAGCCUGCAGCCAGUGACGGGGAAGAUGGAUCCUCUGCUUCUGUUGAGGCUUGUGCCAGCUCCCAGAAAGCAUCAUCUGUAUUUAGUCGUGUCUGUGAAGUUCAUCGAGAGGAUGAGGCCAGAGGUCAUGGUCUUUCCACUUCUCCGUUUAGGGGGGAUUUGUUCAUUUUUCCUGGCACACAAGGUGCUGAAUUAUAUACAGCUCCCAGUGACUGGCAGUACCAGCAACACAAGGCAGAUGACAGUGGUGGACAGAUCCUAAAUCCUCAGAGGAUGCAGCAGGACUGUCACCGACAGUCUUCUGGUGCAGAGGAUGGAGAGUCUAUGGAGACUGAUGUUGUAAGCACUCAGGCAGAAGAUGGGAGAAGAAUUCCAAGAAAACAAAAUAAGGCUGUUAAAAUUUAUCAAAGUCAAGAGAGGUGGGAAAACAUCAAGAAUGAAGGUAUCCAGACUACAGCAGACUAUCUUUUUACCCCAACAACUGUUACAUCAGCAACACAAACAUCCGAAGAAAUCUGUAGACUGGUGGAAGUGGGAACCAGUAUGUCUGGGCAAAGACCUGGGCAGCGAGAUGUGAAUGUUCAAACUGACGAGAGUGGGGAAAAGCUUGCCAACGCCUCUGGAGACAACAUGGACUCAUUGCACAGUCAGGGAGAGGAGGAAUUCAACUUUCUUCACCCACCCAAAGGCCAAGUUCAGCAUCGCCACAUGCGAACUAUUCGAGAAGUGCGCACUGUCAUCACACGUGUUAUAACAGAUGUUUACUACAUCGAUGGUGCAGAGGUGGAACGAAAAGUAGUCGAGGAAACUGAGGAGCCCGUAGUGGAACGUCAGGAAUGUGAGACCGAUGCGUCCUCGUCUAGAACUGCAGUGGGCUCGUCACUGAACUCAGGGGACCUCGGUGAUGUCAGCUCCUUCUCGUCUAAGGCCUCAAGUCUCCAUCGUACUUCCAGUGGAGCAAGCAGUGGUCACUCUGCCAUGCACAGUGGCAGCAGCUCAGGGCGAGGAACUGGAGCUGUCAAAGGGAAAGUGUGUGGGACAGAAACCGGAGAAUUUGCUUUACCCACUGGCAGAGGCAUCUUAGGAAAAUUGAGCCCUAGGAAGGGAGCUGGACAGCCUGCAUCUCCACUCAGAGUUAGCCAGACAGGAGCACUGCCUUGUGAGGAAGAGGAGGACUCUGUGCCUGGCACUCGUCAGGCUGGCAAAUCACCUGUGACACCUCGUGGACGAGGAAGAAGAGGCCGCCCACCAUCUCGAACAACAGGAACAAGAGAUUUAGCUGGACUGCCCAGUAUGGAGGAUCUCUCAACUACAGCAUCACCGGAGGAGAAAUCAUUUACUCGUUCAGUUCGCCUGCCAGAUGAGGGAGAUAAAUCUGACACUUCUGGCUUCUGUGCCUUACGUCGAAGUGACUCUCCAGAAAUCCCAUUACAAGUGGUGACUGGUCCUUCGGACUGUGCAGAUUCAUCCUCUGGGAGCAGCUUUGUGGGCCUUAGGGUUGUAGCGAAGUGGUCCUCAAAUGGGUACUUUUAUUCUGGGAUGAUUACCCAAGAUGUUGGAGCUGGAAAGUACAAGCUACUCUUUGAUGAUGGCUAUGAAUGUGAUGUGCUAGGAAAAGAUAUUUUACUCUGUGAUCCUAUCCCACUGGAGACAGAGGUGACCGCACUCUCAGAGGAUGAGUACUUCAGUGCAGGUGUGGUGAAGGGACACCGCAAGGAGUCUGGAGAGCUAUACUACUGCAUUGAAAAGGAAGGCCAGAGGAAGUGGUAUAAACGAAUUGCUGUUAUCCUGUCUCUGGAACAAGGAAAUAAGCUGCGGGAGCAGUUUGGGCUAGGUCCUUAUGAACCUGUCACGCCCCUGACCAAAGCAGCUGACAUCAGUCUUGAUAAUCUGGUGGAGGGGAAGAGGAAGCGACGUAGUAACCUUGGUUCUCCCAGCACUUCCGGCAGCAGCACAACUCCCACUCGUAAAGGGCAGGAGAGUCCGCGUGUCCCACCGGUCUCACUGUCUGGGAAAAGGAAACUUAUUGCUUCUGAAGAUGAGCGAUCCCCAGCUAAACGUAGCCGCAAGUCAGCAAUGAUAAAGCCUGGGGCUGUGAGAGCUGGAGAGUUUGUAAGCACCGGUGAAGGUAGAGAUGCUGCAGAUCCCCCGGCACUGGAAGGUGACCGUGGACCCUUGCCCCACAAUAAGACCCUCUUUUUGGGCUAUGCCUUUCUUCUCACUAUGGCAACACCAAGUGACAAAUUGGUCAAUCGCCAGAAGUCAUCAGAUGGUCCUACAGGGAGUAGCGAGGAGGAAGAAGAUUUUUUAGAGAUGACUCCAUACGAUAAACAUUACAUAGCACAACAGCUGCGAGCAGGAGCUGGCUAUAUCCUGGAAGACUUCAAUGAAACUCAGUGUAAUGCGGCAUACCAGUGUCUUUUAAUUGCGGACCAGCAUUGUCGAACUCGGAAAUACUUGCUGUGCCUUGCCAGAGGGAUCCCUUGUGUGUCUCAUAUCUGGGUCCACGAUAGCUGUCAUGCUAACCAGCUUCAAAAUUAUCGGAAUUACCUUUUGCCAGCUGGAUAUAGCCUCCAGGAACAAAAAUUGCUAGAAUGGCACCCACGAGAAAAUCCAUUCCAUAACCUCAAGGUUCUCCUGGUGUCAGACCAGCAAGAGAACUUCCUGGAUCUGUGGUCUGAAAUCCUCAUGACUGGGGGAGCAGCAUCUGUUAAGCAGCAUUACUCAAAUGCUCACAACAAAGAUACAGCUUUGGGUGUUUAUGAUGUGGUGGUGACUGAUUUUUCCUGCCCAGCCAAUGUCUUGAAGUGUGCCGAAGCUUUACGGCUGCCUGUUGUCUCGCAAGAGUGGGUGAUCCAGAGCCUUGUUGCUGGGGAGAGAGUAGGCUACAAGCAGCAUCCAAAAUAUAAACAUGAUUAUAUCCCUCACUGAAUGAAACUUUGCCCUGUGGUCCCAACUGUCGUGCUGACUGUGUUUUAAUCAGGUUUUAAAUGUUUGUGAAUUGGGCAGUAUGCAUGGAUUAUUGUAUAUAGUUUUAUCUGCUGGACUUUUAUGAUUUUAAAUAAACGUUUGAUCUCUUGUGGUA